AUGUCUCUCAGCGAAGAUGAUAUUACAGAGGACAAGAAGAAUCUCCUCGUUCGGGUCCGCAGGGCGUCAGACCGCCGAGGAGUCAGCUAUACACGUCUCAUAUGCACUUUCUUUGGCGAAGACUCGGAAGAAAACUUGGCCAAGCUGAUUUCCGAGGCCGAGUACGACGGAGCAGUCUUCGACGAUGCCGCGCUUUACGAUGCGGGUUCCAACGACGGUUUACAGUCGCUGCAUAGUAUCCUAACUCGUAUCCCACAAAUCGUCGAGGAGACACCAGGGUUUGCUGCUUGGUACAAUGAGAGGAAGCGGAGAACACGAGAUGAGGCUAUCGAGGCCGGCGUGGACAGUUUUGACUAUGCUCUGUCGAUCUUUCACCUAGCGGCCAAAUGGAGCCAUGUGCUUAUUUAUGACAAGGAGACAAAUAAUGGCCCGAGGGACGUGCUGCUCGUGUAUAUCGACGACCGCGGCCAUGUUCUACUUUACUCCCGGUUGGCCGGCGCUGAGGACUUGCAGGCCGCCGAUGGGAUGCUAUGCUCGGGCCAGGAUUGCAUGCACGCCUGGUGGGAGGGCAGCCGCUACGGCAAGGACUGGGAGACCCACCAACUUUCUAAGCGAUGGGAUGAGGUUGAUCAUGAAACACCUGCGUUGGAGGCCUGA